GGGGUGUGAACCGCCACUACUGGUUUACCGUUGCCGAUUUCACGGUGCAAAUGAGGAACCCCUCCGGCUGGGCUCAGUUCGGCAUAUACGGUCACUGUAGGAGCGGUUUCUUAGGCAACCUGUAUACAGAAUCGAACGCGGAGGAUGGUGUCACGUUCGAAACCUGCGCGGCCGCAGCUGCUGCGGUCGAUGGGCGUGGAAUGAUGAUGAUGAAAACCGACUUAUCUUCCUGUGUAAAAACACCCCCACACCAUAGUUGUAAUGCAAAUCUUCUGCAUGCUGAAAAUAUUCUGCGGAGCCCCAUAAGAGGCAUUUUCUAGUCGCGUUUCGGAAUUUGUCAUGGUCCAAUGAGCAUGACGCGCGAGAUCUCUGAUGCUGCUGAACUAGCUAAACAGGACUACACUAUGAGGCCAAACUUGUCAUGCGCGACAGCCCAUCCGUUCGGUCCUCAGUAGGUAGCCCCACAAUUAUGGGGCUCGCCAAUAUAUUUAGACGGUGGGUGACCCAAUCGGCAGAGAGCACUGCCACCGAUCCACCGAUGACGAUGAUGAGUCCUUCCAUCUUGACUAUGGGGUCGGGACGUUUUUCCUCAGGAUACGACUCCGCAGCUUUGGCGUCUGCCGGCCUUCCCGCUGAUACGACUACUCCGUGUUGCACUGUCUACACCGGUGCCGCGUUCCGCGGAGUUGCUUUUGGUAGUGGUAGUAGUUGGAAAGUUCACUAUAGCCAUUUGAUUCACAUGGACCCUGCCUCGACGGGCGCCUGGGACGUGACGCCGAUCCCCUACGGCGGAUGGAUGGAUGAAACCG